AUGGGCUUUUUGAAACGUCUACCGUUCAUAACUGUUGUACUUGUCGGUACGAGCAGAGCUUGGGGCACCACUCUAGACUCAAGCGACCUCGUUACACGAGUUGACCUCAGAAAUGCCGGCGGUACUGAGCAUAUCGUACAGUCUCGUUACAAUAAACCUUCUGCCACCGUUCGUACUGAAGAAGGGGACAUUACUGCGAGAAAUAAAGCCUAUAUGUUGAGAAGAGAACGUGACCAGGGUUACAAUCUUCUCCAGAGAAGCCCUAGGGCCUCAAAGAGGCUCAGGGCUACACUUCGAGUUGCCUCGAAGCCCAAGAGCAAGCUCACUACAAAGCCUAACCCCAAGCUUGCUUUGAAGCCCAAACCCAAGACCGGGAAAGCUGCUGCUAAACCUAAGGCCUUCAAUCUUGCUGGAAACCCCAAACACGGCAUUUCCAAGGCCGGGGAGAAGCACAAGCCUAAGCUUCACAACACCUCUGUUCAGCCAAAGCCGAAGGCUCGUCAACCAAAGGCUCCUAAGGCUUCAGCACCGCCUAAGCAUAAGAGCACGAAAGGUUCCGAAAGUCACAAGCACAAGAAUCACAAUGCUCCUGGCCAGCACAAGCCCAAAGUUCAGAACACCGCUGCCAGACACAAGCUUAAGGUUCAUAGUGCCGCUGCCAAGCACAAGCCCAAGGCUCCCAAGGCUUCAGCACCUCCUAAGCAUAAGUCUCCUAAGGCUUUUGGAAAGCAUAAGCCUAAGGCUCAUAAAGUUGCAGCAAAGCACCGGAACAAGGCUCAUAAGGUUCCUCCCAAGAAAGCGACUAAGGCCACACCGCACCGCAAACCCAAGGAUCACAAGGUUGCUACCAAGCACAGAGUCAAGGCUCACAAGACUGUAGCACGGCCUAAACAUCAAGCCGGCAAACAAUUUGCAAAAAAUAAGUCCAAGGCUACUAAACCACAUAAGCCAACGAAUGCUAAAGUCACCGCAAAGCCUCAACGCAAAGUUUCCAAGGUCACCAGACCGAGUCAACCUGAGAAGCCCAAAACUGCGUCUGGGGGAGAGGGUCCCAUCUGUCGGCGAGGACCGAGCCAAGACUGUGGCAACCAGCGUUCCGCAAGCCCGGAUAGAGCAUCCACUUCCAGCUCGGAAGGCGGGGUAGUUGAUCUCAAAGAUGUGAGCACCGUCGGACCUUCCCUCCUUGCAGGUGACACUUCUCGAAACAGACGCAAGGGCGCCGACCUGGAUGAUAUAUCGGCAUCUACGUAUAACUACCUGGCUAGAGUCGGGGACUUGCAUGCUAAUACGGCUCUCCAAGGUCGACUUGGAUAUAAAGGCGUGCCCGGCCCUGGUGCAAUUGUCAACAGUAAUCCCCCUUCGUCGGAUUCCAGUUCCAGUCGGCAGCCGGGUAGUCCGCAUCUCAAUGCACAAAGUCCUUCUCCUAAUAGCAAUGAAGCAUCCCCUGAUACCAAGCCCAACACGCCAGUUGACAGUUCUUUGAAACCCAACCCGGGUACGGCAGCAGCUGGUGCUGUUAAAGAAGAUGGAGGAGAGGAGGAGCAAUCUUUUGUUGACUCAGAUUAUGAGAAGGGUUUGACUUUCUACGACUCGGGGUCUGGGUCGGAAUAG